CUUGAUGUUUAGCUAUAUUCACCAUAAACACACACACACACAUACACAUGGCAUCCUUCAUGCCUUUCAGCAACAAGAAUCUUGACAUAUUCAUGUGUGCUUUGAGACCAACAGUCGCCAUUGUUGAUGACCUUUUGGAUACCUUAAAACACUUCUCUUUGUUUACUGAAACACUUGGUUGCAUUCAUUCCUCCAUCUUUAAAAGCAUCCAUGGCAAUCUGAUUAUAUGGUAUGGAGCAUGGAUUAAGAGAUCUAAUGACAACAAGGAACUUCUACAUGAAGCACUUUUUUCGGCAUUGACGAAUCUAAAGACCAUGGCCAUUAUGAUUGACCAUAACUUCAUGGUCGCGUAUGGUGGCAAGGCAAGGGACGGGUCCCCAGCCGCAAAGUUUUCAACGGGUGACACUGUCUGUUUUAGCAUCAACCGUCUUUUAUCUAACACGAAAAUGAAGGAGCAAGACUUUGUGCACACAUGUUUUUCCAUGUUUCAAUCUUAUUUCCAUAAAAUGGAUGGUACAAUUGCUGGUGUUUGCUUAAAGUGCGAAACUCGGCCUGUAAUGAUUAAUUUCUUUGUGUGGAAGAAUCUGCAAUCGUGUUAUUCAUUUCUACUUAAAAAUGAUCACCGCGAAGCGCUUCAAAACACGGUUGUUGAGGCUGCGGUUUUUGUUAAGUAUGACAUCUUUAAAGUUGUGUAUGUAAGUGCGGACAAUGUAUCAAGCUUUCAAUACUAUCCUCCUCAUAAGCUGCUGGAAAAUCAAGAAUUGAAUGUUUUAGAGUAAUUAGAAUAUCCUAGGUAGGUAGACAAAGUUGUUUUGUGUUUUUAAGUAGUGUUAGUUUCACUUCACUUGUAAAAUAUGUCAUAGAUUUGUAAUUUUUAACAUAGUAACUGCAUGAGCAUUUGUUGAUAUUUAUCAUUAGAAAAAGAUUUUG